GUCCAAGUAUCCCUUGUCACUCCUCCGCCCCCCUCGCCACCACCGCCACCACUCUCCCGCCUGCCCCGCCACUCCUUCGCUACUCCCCACCAUGGGCAACGCAGUCAGCAGCUGCUGCAGGCCAAGGCGCAAGAACAGCUACGAGCCCCUUCUCCUAGAGACAGAGAGGGAGGCCGUAGCCGACUUGCUGCAGUAUCUUGAGAACCGAUCCACCACCAACUUCUUCGCCGGCGCGCCCCUGGCUGCCCUUACGACCCUCUCGUUCUCCGAGAACGUCGACCUCCAGCGAUCCGCGGCCCUGGCGUUUGCAGAAAUCACAGAGAAGGAGGUCAGAGAGGUGGGCAGGGAUACGCUCGACCCGGUCCUGUACUUGUUGAGCAGCCACGACCCCGAGGUACAGCGCGCGGCAAGUGCGGCUUUGGGCAAUCUGGCCGUGAAUGGUGGGUGGAUCCCUUGGGCGGCACAUGAAUGGAAGGCUCAUGCACAUCUCAGCGGAGAACAAGCUCCUUGUGGUGUCUCUUGGUGGGCUCGAGCCCCUCAUACGACAGAUGCUCAGCCCCAACGUGGAGGUCCAGUGCAACGCGGUGGGAUGCAUCACCAACCUGGCAACCCAUGAUGAGAACAAGACGCAGAUUGCCAAGUCGGGCGCAUUGGUGCCGCUGACUCGCUUAGCCAAGUCAAAGGACAUGCGUGUACAGCGAAACGCCACUGGGGCGUUGCUCAACAUGACUCACUCUGACGAGAAUCGACAGCAGCUUGUGUCGGCUGGCGCCAUUCCCGUACUUGUCAGCUUGCUCAACUCUCCCGACACGGACGUUCAAUACUACUGCACGACCGCUCUUAGUAACAUUGCUGUCGAUGCGAACAACCGGAAAAAGCUCGCCACCUCCGAGCCCAAGUUGGUGCAGAGCCUUGUCCAGUUGAUGGACAGUCAGAGUCUGAAAGUACAGUGCCAAGCGGCUCUGGCUCUGCGUAACCUUGCCAGUGACAGCAAGUACCAACUCGAGAUUGUCAAGUUUAACGGCCUUCAACCUCUUCUUCGACUUCUUCACUCCUCUUAUCUGCCCCUCAUCCUUUCCGCCGCUGCUUGUGUCCGAAAUGUCUCCAUUCACCCCGCCAACGAGUCGCCCAUCAUUGAAUCUGGCUUCCUCCAGCCUUUGAUCGAGUUGUUGUCUUUCGACGAGAAUGAGGAAGUGCAAUGCCAUGCAAUCUCAACGCUGAGGAAUUUGGCAGCGAGCAGCGAGAAAAACAAGGGCGCUAUCGUGGAAGCGGGUGCGGUUGAAAAGAUCAAGAGUUUGGUCUUGACCGUUCCCUUGGCCGUUCAGAGUGAGAUGACAGCCUGUGUGGCAGUCUUGGCCCUCAGUGAUGAUCUCAAGCCUCAACUACUCGAAAUGGGUAUCUGUGAAGUCCUGAUUCCCCUCACCAACUCCCCCAGCGUCGAAGUGCAGGGCAACUCUGCUGCCGCUCUCGGCAACCUGUCCUCCAAGGCUGCCGAAGACUAUGCGCCUUUCAAUGCUGUCUGGAACAAGCCCGACGGUGGCCUUCAUGCCUAUCUUGUCCGAUUCCUGAGCUCUGCCGAUAUCACCUUCCAGCAUAUUGCCGUCUGGACGAUUGUUCAAUUGCUCGAGGCCGAGGACGAGCAGCUUACAAACAAUAUCCGCUCCUCCCCCAUCCUAAUCUCCUCUAUCCGCCAACUCUCCAAAUCACCCCCACCCUCCCACUCUGGCGGAAGACGUGACCCCACAGAUCCGUCAGGGAGCUCAUCAGACGAGGAGUAUGACGACGGCAUGACGGACCAGGAAGGAGAGGGCGAGAUUGUGUCUCUUGCGCGAAGGAUCUUGGACUUGACAGAGGUUGGGGAGGAAGAGGGGGACGCUUUCGAGUCCCGGCCCAGGCCAGUCGCUGGAAGUCAAGGGGUGCAACAAUACUCUUCAGGCGGACAGGGUAGUCAGGUCGGGAGUGUUGGGUCGGAGCAUGCGGCGUUGCGAGCGAGUAUCCACAGGGCGUUGAGCGGAGGUGGUCGAUGAGCGGUCGAGCUUGGCCAAACCAGUCUUGUUGCUGUUUGAGGCAAUAGACACACAUGCGUAAAAGUCAUGUUGUCAGCGCGUACAAGCGCCAAAUGUUUGAUGACGGACCGAAAGGAACAAAACCAAAGGCGAAGAGUUUGUGAAUGACCCUGUGAGAUGUGAAUGUAUGUAUAGCAUUUUGAUACUACGUCUUAUUUUUAUUCGAAUAGUCUUUCACCUGGCAGGAUAAUGCACCAUGAUGUUUCUGUG